AUGUCGACGGCCAGCCUCCUCGCGCUUGCUCUGGCAGGCCUCAUGCUCGUCACCUUCCCAGGCCUCUGCGCCGGCACCGCCGCAGCUCACCGCCCCGCCGCCAAGUGCCAGCCGAGCGGCUCGCUGGAGGGGCCGAGCACGGGCCACGUGUGCGGGGAGUGCUGCAAGCCGGGGCACGUCUACCCGACGUACCGAUGCUCGCCGCCGGUCACCGCGAGCACCAGGGCCGUCAUGACGCUCAACAACUUCGAGGACGGCGGCGACGGCGGCGACCCGUCGGAGUGCGACGGCAAGUACCACCUGAACACGGAGCCCGUCGUGGCGCUCUCCACGGGGUGGUACAACCACGGCAAGCGCUGCGGCAGGCAGAUCCGGAUCAACGCCAAGGGCAGGUCCGUCCUCGCCAAGGUCGUGGACGAGUGCGACACCCUGCACGGCUGCGACAAGCCGCACGCCUUCCAGCCGCCGUGCCCGCACAACAUCGUCGACGCGUCCCAGGCCGUGUGGAACGCGCUGGGCAUCACCGGCGACGAGGUCGGCGACUACCCCAUCACCUGGUCGGACGCAUGAUGAGUGCUUGGUCUCUGGCUAGACUAC